UUUACUCUCAAAACUAACACAGCUACCAAAUUAAUACUCUACCAUCCCAUCCAUAUAUUUUCACGUUAAAACACUGACGGAAUAGGAGCACGUGAGAUGCACGAGUUCCUUAAACCCUAACUAAACCGCAUACGACAGAAAGAAGAGAGAGGAGGAGUGACCAGAGGUCUCACCGGCGGAGAAGAGGGAAAGAGGCGGUAGAACAAGAACCACCGCAGAUCGUCUUCCCGUUGUUUCGCCGCCAUUAUCCCGGUGGCGCCUUGUUGGUUCCACCGUGCCAUUCCCCAGCCACCACCUGUUUUGGAUUACAAAAUAUUUGUACUGGGUCCAAAUGUUCUACCUUAGCCGAAUUGAGCACACAUUUCGCGUGCCACCUAGUCUCCUUAACCUUCCUAUCGAGGAAGCUAUUAAGGGAGAGCUUGAAAAACUUUUCUUAGAUAAGGUUAUUGCAGACUUGGGGCUCUGUGUUUCUGUUUAUGAUAUCAAAUCUAUUGAAGGUGGCUUUAUCUUUCCCAGUGAUGGUGCUGCGACCUAUACGGUUGUGUUUAGACUGAUAAUGUUCCGUCCAUUUGUGGGAGAGAUUAUUGCUGCAAAUGUUAAAGAAUCUAAUGCCACUGGUUUACGCUUAUCAAUUGGAUUUUUUGAUGACAUUUAUAUACCUGCUCAUCUUUUUCCAAAGCCAUCGAGCUUCAAGCCAGACUCAAAUAAGAAGGACAAAGGCACAUGGGAGUGGGAGUAUGAUGAAGAACCAUAUAUUAUUGAUGGGAUUGAUGAGAUCAAGUUUCGAGUUCACAAUGUAAGUUAUCCUCCAAUUCCAAUUGAGCAGCCAAAAGAAGCAAAGCCGUUUGCCCCUAUGGUGAUUACUGGAUCAAUUGAUGAAGAUGGUUUGGGCCCCGUUUCAUGGUGGGUUGAUGCAGAAGAGACCAAGGAAUCUUAAGCCUGUGUGCUGUCUUGCAAAGGAUGUAAAACUGGCUGAGGAUGGCUCUAUUGCAAAGGGGGAAGAUGGUUGUAGAAAAUAGAAGCUUUUUCUUGGUAGCUUUCCUUUUUAUCAAAAAAAAAAAAAAAAAAAAAAAAAAAAAAGAAGAAGAGAGA